UAGGCUGCCACACACAGUAAAACAGGGAUUCAUUUAGGUUCUUUUUUUUGAUCAAUUCAGGGAAAGCAGCAUUUAUCAGAUUAAACAUUCUGCUGGCAGUCGAAUUUGCGAGGUGCCUCGUCUUUUUUAGUAAACGAUUUUAUAGGACAUGUGACUAAAUUACCCGCUCACAUGGCCGCUGUGUUUGCAUGAUCCGCUUUAGUUUUUAAAGUCCAGUGCUCGAGCUCGCUCUACAACAACCAUCCGGAGCAGAAGAGCACUAAAACGCACGACCUAACCGGACAAGCCAUGGCGAGCAGUGGACAAAAAGUAGUUCUGAUCACCGGUUGCUCCUCCGGCAUCGGGUUACGAAUCGCGGUCCUGCUGGCCAAAGAUGAAAAGAAGCGUUACCAUGUCAUUGCCACCAUGCGUGACCUGAAGAAGAAGGAUAAGCUGGUGGAGGCAGCAGGUGAUGCGUAUGGGAAGACCCUCAUGCUGCUGCCUCUGGACGUGUGCAGUGAUGAGUCAGUCAAGCAGUGCAUCAACAGUGUCAAGGACCGCCAUAUUGAUAUCCUCAUCAACAAUGCAGGUGUGGGCUUGUUGGGACCAGUGGAAAGCAUCAGUAUGGAGGAGAUGAAGAGGGUGUUUGAGACCAACUUCUUUGGCGUGGUGAGGAUGAUUAAAGAGGUCAUGCCUGACAUGAAGAAGAGGCGGGCGGGACACAUCGUGGUCAUGAGCAGUGUUAUGGGUCUACAGGGUGUAGUGUUCAACGAUGUCUACACUGCCUCCAAGUUCGCCAUGGAGGGCUUCUGUGAGAGUAUGGCUGUCCAACUGCUCAAGUUCAACGUCCAUUUGUCUAUGAUUGAGCCAGGGCCGGUGCACACUGAGUUUGAGACGAAGAUGAUGGAGGACGUGGCCAAGAUGGAGUACCCAGGAGCUGAUGCAGACACAGUGCGCUACUUUAAAGAUGUUUACCUGCCCUCCUCCAAGGAUAUCUUUGAGGCCAUGGGCCAGACCCCAGAGGACAUCGCCAAGUGUACUAAGAAGGUGAUUGAGUCAAGGAACCCUCGCUUCAGGAACCUGACCAACAGCCUGUACACGCCCAUCGUGGCCAUGAAGUACGCCGACGAGACAGGCAGCCUGUCGGUCAACACCUUCUACAACCUGUUGUUCAACUUCGGCCCCCUCAUGCACAUCACCAUGAGCAUCCUUAAGUGCCUGACCUGCAGCUGCCUGCGCCGACGGACCAUCUCACCGAACUGAGAGAGACUGGAGGGGGCAUGUAGUUCUCGGCGAGAGAGGCUGUGAGAGAACCAGGAUAAGCUUUGGCCAGGCAACACGCACAAUUGCACAAACACAGACAGUACAGUGUGACCUCAUACAUGGGGCUAGGAGUUUUUUCUGGUCAGAUCAUGUGAUCGGGAAAAACUCCUGGCCCUCCUCAUACAUACACAUGAUUACACACAAACAACUUACCCACAAACACAGCCAUGUAUCUCCCCAGUCCCGGUCUUUUGAGGUGCUGCUGGGGCAAUGACACUGUCUGUCCAUCUGUUUGUCUGUCCAUCUGUCCGUCUGUCCGCCCGUCCGUCUGUCUGUCUGUCUGUCUGUCUGUCUGCCCGUCUGUCCGUCUGUGGACUAAAAAACAAAACACACAUAACCAGUUACAAAGAAUAACAAGAAACAACAGCAUUACAAUCACAGUGAAAGCGUAACAUAGCACCCAAUGAACUUAAGACUCAGGCCUUGCUAAACUCUUAGUACAAUGCAGUAUUUAGCUCUGAGUUAUAAAGAAUCUACUAGAUUCCUUCAUUGUACAUUUGAUUUGAUGUAUAUCUUUAUAGUAGUAUUGUUGUUUUGCUGUUUAAUCAUAUUAUUUCUGCAUCUUUUUAUAAGCUGAAUGUGGGGUUUUUAAAAGUUUAUGAAUGGAUAGAUUGUUAAUAUCUUAUUUUUGAAAGUAAUUCAUUGAUUUAGAAAUAAACUUCUUGGUUUACUCUGAAA